UCUUCAUAUUUCAUCCAGAGGAGCGCAUGGAUCCGAGCUUACGCACACUGGUCGCCGCUGUCCUGGAUGCUGCACAGAUUGAGACAGGAGGUUGUAGCUGCCGCAUCCCUCCAUUUAAAUAAAUCGCACACAAUAGUGACCGCUGCAGCUGUGACAGUUUGAACUAAGCAGACCGACGCACGGCCACAGGAGCUGUUGUUUCGUGUACAGUGCCGGUGUAGACAGUGCGGUGGAGAUGGAGCGGUGGAAAGGCAGAGUGGCCCUGGUGACCGGAGCCUCGGUGGGGAUUGGAGCGGCUACAGCCCGGGCACUGGUCCAGCAAGGCAUGAGGGUUGUCGGCUGUGCCAGGAAUGUCGACAAAAUAGAGAAGCUGGCAGCAGAGUGUCAGAGCGCAGGCUACAGUGGCACACUGAUCCCUUACAAGUGUGACCUGUCCAACGAGGAGGAGAUCCUGUCCAUGUUUUCAGCCAUCAAGACGCUGCACAAGGGCGUGGACGUGUGCAUCAACAAUGCCGGACUGGCCCACAACGAGCCCCUGCUCAGCGGAAAGACAGAGGGCUGGAGGAACAUGAUCGACGUGAAUGUCUUAGCCUUGUCUAUCUGCACCCGUGAGGCGUACAAAUCAAUGAAGGAAAGGAAUGUGGACGACGGCCACAUCAUCAACAUUAACAGUAUGGGGGGGCACCGAAUGGUGCCAAGUGCUGAUGAGCAUUUCUACUGUGCCACUAAAUACGCGGUGACUGCUCUGACUGAGGGGAUACGACAAGAACUCCGAGAAGCAAAUACCCACAUCAGAGCCACGUGUAUAUCUCCUGGAAUAGUGGAGACUGAGUUUGCCUUCCGGCACCACAACAGUGAUCCAGAGAAAGCAGCUGCAGUGUAUGAGAGUAUGAAAUGUUUGAAAGCAGAAGACAUAGCCAGUGCAGUCACAUUUGUCCUCAGUGCCCCUCCUCAUGUCCAGAUCGGAGACGUGCAGAUGAGGCCAGUAGAGCAAGUGUCAUAGCAGUGAACAGGAAGCUGCGGGAGGAGCAGACAGCAGCCAUGGUGACUCCUUAGCGACCUCUGCUGGGCAAGGGAGGGGGGAGGGGGAUAAAACAAAUCAACUACAGCUGUUUUGGAUCUGCAGGGAUGUGGUCGAGGAGGGCUGGAGCCUUAAGGAGGCUGUGCGAGGAAAUGAAGGGUGUGGACUUAGGAAACCACUACGAAAAUACUACUGAAUGAAGCAACCUGGUAUUUGUGAAUUAUUGGGUCCAGUCCUGAGCGGGCCGACUCCAGACUACAGUAGGAGCAAAUAACAAAGGAGAGAGUUGCUGCUGUGCUAUGUGGUCAUCUGCACGACCAUCACUUCAGAGGGAAGAGUAUGCCAUUGAUUGCACAUGUUUUUCUGUUUUGUUUUUGUAGGUCAUAUGACAUAUCUUUUUUGAAAUUAAAUGGAAAGAGUAAUUGCUGUUUAUAUUUUUUUUAUAUAAAUAUUUUAACUUUGGAUCAUAGGUAGAUGUGGUCUCAUACUCGCUAACCGUAGACAAAACUGUCUCAUACUCACUGUAACUAACCAUCGACAGUCUGUCCAUCCUGCCACCUGUACUCACCAGAUGUUUUCACAAACACAUCCAGUUACCUUUGUUUGGAUCUGUCCAGUUCUCAGCCCCGUAUAAGGAAUCAGGAAAAGUAUAAAAGAGAGAUGCCACUGUCUGACAAGCACAUGGGUUUCUAUAAUCCACCUUUUUGCCUGUGUAAUUUCAGUUCUUCUGCACUUUUGAUUCAUUUCUGGGGAGUUAUAAGACGGAAACACUGGCAACUCAUGUAGGCGAGGAAACUAACUCAGUGCACAUGUGUAAACUAGAAGUGUGUACCUUUCAGUGGAGAUUUCUCAUUAAAUUAAUAAAUAAAAACCAUUGCCCAAAAGUGA